AUGGGAAAGUCUGGUAACGUUGGUGGAGGUUUUCUUGUGGUUUUGCUGUGUUUUUUAGGUUGUUUACAGGUGGGCUUAGCACAAAGCAGCGCGAAUGCGAAACGUAUAGCUAUUAGUUGGGAUGAUAUGAAGAUGAAUAAGCGUGGAGCAAGAGUGAGUUCUAAAUAUGAUUUUAAUGGAAGCCGAGUAAUUGUAGUUGACAAGAAUGGCGGAGCAGAUUCAUUAACAGUUCAAGGUGCAAUCGACCUGGUGCCUCAAUAUAACACUCAAAGAGUUAAAAUUUACAUUCUUCCAGGGAUUUACAGGGAGAAGGUACUGGUGCCUAGAACCAAGCCGUAUAUCUCAAUGAUCGGAGACCAAAAUCGUGUUUGUGACACUAUUAUUUCUUGGAACAACAAGGCUUCAGAUGCAGAUAGCAAUGGCACUGCUCUUGGAACAUAUAGAUCAGCAUCAGUCACCAUAGAAUCUGAUUAUUUCUGCGCAACCGGUAUCACCUUUGAGAAUACAGUAGUAGCAGAGCCCGGAGGACAGGGAAUGCAAGCAGUAGCAAUGAGAGUUUCUAGCAAAAAAGCAUUUUUCUAUAAAGUUAGAGUCUUGGGUGCUCAAGACACUCUCUUAGAUGAGACUGGAACGCAUUACUUCUACAAGUGUCACAUCCAAGGAAGUAUUGACUUCAUAUUCGGCAGAGCAAAAUCACUGUUUCAGGAUUGUGUCCUUCAAUCAACGGCUAAAAAAUCUGGAGCAAUUGCAGCUCACCACAGGGAUUCACCUAAUGAGGACACGGGUUUCUCUUUCGUAGGCUGCGUCAUCAAUGGAACUGGCAAAAUUCUGCUAGGAAGAGCUUGGGGAAACUAUUCAAGGACGAUAUAUUCAUACUGUUAUCUUAACGAUAUUAUAGAUCCUUCAGGAUGGAGUGACUGGAACUAUCCAUACAGGCAAAAGACUGUGGUUUUUGGAGAAUACGAGUGCAGUGGAAGAGGAACAAAUGCAGGAGGUCGAGUGCCGUGGUUAAAGCCGCUCAAGUACGAGGAUGCAAGACCUUACUUGGACAUAGGAUUCAUAGGUGGAGAACAAUGGCUUAGACUAUAG